AUGCUCCCCUCCAACAUCUCAGACUCUAUGACAGGAGGAGUGCCUCUCUCGGUGGACUUCGACAGUCCUGAGGAUUAUUUCAUCUUUAUUUUCCAGCUUUUGUUUGCAACAACUACUUCUCUGGUGGCCGGACCUGUGGUCAUUGCCAUACUGUCCACCAGAGCUCUGCGCCUCCAAAACAGGUUCAUCUUCAUGCUGAACACCAGUAUUUGUGACACGCUGGUUGGGUUUUCAGUCUUUUAUCUGGGUCUGUUUGAUGUUCAGGAGGGAUAUCCGUCUAGAAACGGGACUUUUAAUGUUUUACCAUCACUUCUAGGGAUCAAUAUAUUGACGUUUCUGUUCGCUCAGUUUGACAGAUAUUUUGCUGUGUGCCACCCUUUCAUUUACAGCCGCUUUAUAACGAGGCAGUUCGUGAUAGGCAUCAACAUCUACUGCUGGGUUUACAACGCUGCUCACCUGCUCGCCAGGAAUCUGUUGCCAGUUUCCAAAGCGAUACAAAUGUACGCACUCAGCAUAGUCCUCUUACAGCUGAUCGUGCUCACCAAAGUGGUCAUGACCAUCAAACUGUAUGUAAUCGCCAGAGUCCAGCUUGAGAGAGAUCCUCCCAGCGCCGAGAGAGAGAGCAAGAAGGAAUCACUGAGAAUCAUCAUCUUUGUUGUCAUAAGCUUCUUGGUGUUGUGGUGCCCCUCUUUUGUGAAUAUUAUCAUCAGGUUUGUGGUGGGAGGAGGGCUGACGUUUAGGAACGAGGCCACCAAUCUUUUCGCCAUCAUGGCUCGUUUUAACGCAGUGUGCACACCGUCUGUGUAUAUCUGGGGGAGUCCGGCUCUGAGGGAGGCCAUGGUGAGGACAGUGUGGGGCAGAGUGUGUCCAAGGUGCAAGACGAGGUGA